AUGGAGGAGGUCGCGUCGCACAUGCUGCGCAUAAAGUCCGAGGAAGCGGUCGCGGAGCGAUCGCCUACGCCGGCCGGCAGCCCAGUGGCCGCCGGCCAGCAGGGCGCGUGGGGCGCCGCGGUGCCCAUUGGCAGCAGCGCCGGCGGCGCCGACGCCGGCGGCGGCGAGCGUUCGGGGACAUUCGUGGCGGCCGCCGCCUCCUGGUCUGCCAGUAUGACGAGCAACGCCGCUGACGGCGGCGCGGCGGCUGCCAACGGCAGCCUGGGGGCUGCCGGCCGCGCGAGCCCGGGCAGCAGCUUCAGCGGCGCCGCCGGGAUCGGCGGCGUCAGCCCCGGCGGCGCCACCAGCUGGACCGGCGGCGGCUGCGGCGGUGCGGGGCACAGCUGCGCAUCCCCCGCGGCCCAGACCAGCCGCGCGGCCCCCUCCCCCCGCGACGGCGCGGCGGCGAUCGGCGCGGGCGCCGCCAGCGGCGCGCUGGCGCCGCUACUGGAGGGGCUUCCUCACCUCGCGCCCGGGCGGAGCCUCCUGCACUUGGAAAGGCCUGGGGCGGACGCGGCCCGGGGCGCGGGGCUCUAG